CUUCCGGGUGUCACCUCCAGAGGGCGCCGGCCGCGGAGCCGCUCGCUGAAUCGCCAGGCCGCACCGAGCGCGGCGCCGCCCCGCUCGCCCCAGCCGCCGCCAUGAAGGCCGUGGUGCAGCGCGUCACCCGGGCCAGCGUCACAGUUGGAGGUGAGCAGAUAAGCGCCAUUGGACGGGGCAUCUGUGUGUUGCUGGGGAUUUCUCUGGAAGAUACACAGAAGGAACUGGAGCACAUGGUCCGAAAGAUUUUAAACCUGCGUGUGUUUGAGGACGAGAGUGGGAAGCACUGGUCGAAGAGCGUGAUGGACAAGCAGUACGAGGUGCUAUGCGUCAGCCAGUUUACCCUGCAGUGUGUCCUCAAGGGCAGCAAGCCUGACUUCCACCUGGCCAUGCCCUCGGAGCAGGCGGAGGGCUUCUACAACAGCUUCCUGGAGCAGUUGCGGAAGGCGUACCGGCCGGAGCUCAUCAAAGAUGGCAAGUUUGGUGCCUACAUGCAAGUGCACAUUCAGAACGACGGACCCGUGACCAUAGAGCUGGAAUCUCCGGCACCUGGCGCUGCUGCCUCUGACCCGAAGCAGCUAUCCAAGCUUGAAAAACAACAGCAGAGGAAAGAAAAGACCCGAGCCAAGGGACCCUCAGAGUCCAGCAAAGAAAGACCCGCACCCCGCAAGGAAGACCGCAGCGCCAGCAGCGGGGCCGAGGGUGACGUGUCCUCCGAGCGGGAGCCGUAGGUGCGUGCAUGGUCACUGGGCAAGAGUCAUUCCUGAAAAAUUCAAGAUGCUAAGCCCUACACUGCUUUAAGAAUUUGGAACUGAAUCGUGAAAAAGGAAACAGAAAUAAGAAAUUGGGACCCUGAAAUCCCUGCAGAAGACACCCAAGGACCCGUUGCCAUCUUCUGCUGCUGCCAUGUGGGCGAGGCCGUGGUUGCUGCUCUGGUGGAGGAGUGGGUGUGGCGGCAGGCCCACGCCUGUGCCAUCCCCACAGGAAGGCUCAGUUGGCUCCUGCCAUGCCUUGGCUUGCUUUUGGAACAGGUUGGCCACCUUCUGUCACCCAGUCCACUGUGGUGUAUUCUGCAUGUGUGUCACGGGUCUCUAACACCUCCACGCUGUCCGUGCUCUUUUCCACACUGGCUCAUAACCAGGGCCUGUGUCACGGUGUCAGGAAAGCAACCGUCACUGAUGAUGUAUCCUGGGAGACCUUCGCAUCUUGUAAACUUUCUCUCUUUUCUAAAAAUAAAUAAUAAAACCCAC